AUGCUGACACGAGCUACUGGAAGUCGGGCGGCCACUGAUCAGACCAGCACAUGGGAGAGCCAGGACCCAGCCGAAGAAAAUCUUGCCCAGCUGCUUCCAGUUGAUACUUCUGAGAUCCAUGUUGACCAACGCAACGCUCAGCACGGCGCCAGUAAUGCAUUGCGUCUGUUUACCAGCGCUUGGUAUAUGGGAGGAGUUGAAUCUGGGGUCUUAUAA